AUGAGGCGCUCGAGUGCCGCUCAGGGCUGGCUUUUGCGGCUGGCGCUUUUGGCGUUGAUCACACUAUGCACGUGUGCGCCCUCCAACAUCACCACCGACGUCAAUGUCAAUGAAGUGCAGACUCGCGAGGUGAAGCCUUUCCUCCUCCGCAUAAUGCCCCUCGGUGCUUCGAUCACGGUGGGAUACCGGUCCGACGACGGCAAUGGGUAUCGGAAAUGGCUGCGCCAGCAAUUGCGCUAUUCCGGCUGGCAGGUCGAUAUGGUCGGCAGCUUGUCGAACGGGUCGAUGCACGAUAAUAACAACGAAGGCCACUACGGCUACCGAAUCAACCACGUCGCCAAAGAAGCCGAAAAGACAAUUCCGCAACAACCCAACCUCAUUCUCAUCAACGCCGGAACCAACGACGGAAUUUUAAACUACCAAGUCAGUACCGCCGGGAAACGAAUGGACCGGCUCAUCACGCGCCUCUUCGACGCCAUCCCCGGCACGACCAUCAUCCUCUCGACGCUCCUGACGAACGCCAAACAGCCCAAACGGAUCGAGCAGAUCAACGAGCAAUAUCGCAAGAUCGUGGCCCAGCGUCGCGAAAACGACGACCGCAUCGUGUUGGCGGAAAUGAGCGAGUUCAUUCACAAGGAUGAACUGGUGGACGGCACGCACCCGACCGACUACGGGUACAAGAAGAUGGCGUCUGUCUGGUGGGCGGCGAUUCAGGAGGCGGAGUCGGAGGACCUGUUGCAACGGCCGACGACUACGGUCAGGAGUCAUAAUAAGGCUCUUGAGAAGGAGGUGGAUGAUGGGGGUGGUGACCCGCAUCUGCCGGAGUAUGAUGCCCCGGAUCAGCCGAACUCGAGUGCGACCGUGACGCGACCGGCCUUGGGUCAAUUGGGUGUGCAGGUUAUUGCUGUGAUUGCCGCCCUGGCGAUGAUAACUUGA